UCAGAUCUUCGACAUUUUUGAAAAUCCAACAAAACCGAAAUACCUCUUCAAACCGGUCGAAGGCAGUUUCUGUGAUGCCACUUUUAUUCGUCCGCCGAAUCUGUUCAAAACCGACUCAGAUCAGUCUACCGCUGCAUCUGGUAAAGAGGAUCCACGUCCACCCGAAUGGGGUGUAUACCUUUUAGUCAUGGCGAAAAUGGGAUCGAUUUUGUACCAAGAACUGGGCCCUGAUUGUCAGGCCUCAACAUACCCAUUCUUUUUGGCCGAGUGGUUGGAAUGGAGCCCGGAAGCUGUCACACUAGAUGGUGAAGACUCCACAGACGAAGAUGCUAAAGUGGCACCGUUAAAACGCAACGCUACCACCGGUGUUUUGAGUGGUGGUGGUGUGAGUUUGCAAUAUAUCCCUUCCUUGGGUUUGCUUUUACAUGCCUAUCAAUCUGGUCAUUCGGUGGCUAGUGCUAUCGGUAUCAGUGGGAUUACCGCACCGUCCGAGCCGCACCUCCGGAUCACUCAUUCGUUCCUCCUGGCAACUGGACGAAGACGAUCUAAAAAUGCUGGUGGAACUGGACAAACCUGGCAACAGCAACAGAUUUCCGCUUACGAUUCGGCUUCGCCAGCCAAACUGAUGACUUCAUUGUUGUUUGCCGCACGGAAUGCGGUCAGUCCUCCAAGUUCGCAGAAAAUGCCCACUUCGGACCUCCUACAAACUCCGACCGCGAGUCGGACCCAACGAAAACAACGUGUUCCUCCAAUCGGCCCUAUCGUGCAGUGGUCUGAAGUGUUUGGUGGGCAUCCGGGUCUGGUCAAUGCCAUUUCGCUUUCAUCCGUGUCCCCACUGACUGAUAAGACUCCAACCGAGAGCACAUUGUCACCGAAUAUUGCCCUGCUACUCGCUUUUGAGCCGGAUCAAGUGUGGAUUCAACCGAUACAACCAAAGCUGACUCCGAACGUACCUGUAUUAGAACAGAAAUCCACCAAGUCCUCGUCUGGCGGCGGUGGUGGUUCUGAACCUCGGACGCCCACGAACCCAAAUAACCGACCGACCGAUCCAUCGACUCCCACCCCAAGCACUCCGUCUCCACCUGCCGUAGUGGCAUCUGUUUCCGUGCACUGGGACGGUCAUCUGUCUUUGCCGGGUCGCACAUUGACCUAUCUUCUCACAUCAGACAGUCAGUUACUCAUUCUCUCGACCUAUCCCAGACGUGCGUCAUCGUAUCCAGUCAAGUCUGAUAAUGGAUUGCCUCAACCCGCUCCUGGACAAUUUUGGCUUCAGUCUCGCUUUACGACCACUGGGGUGAACGGUCACGACACUUCGUCAGCCUUCACCAGUUUCUGCAGUGCAUUAGACCCGCAAGCUUGGUCGUUCUGUUUACCACAAGGCAGUUUGUGGGAUCUCAUGACUAGUUCAUUUGUCGAGCGACCGAAACUGCUACUCUCUCGUACCACAGAGUCAUCAGGCCCGUCAUCUCAGUGGCGACAACUCUGCAAACACCUGGUCGACUCACCCCAAGCAGGUCCGCCUCCACUUAAUUUGUUCGAAUACGCAACACCGACAGGAGAGGUCGAAUUCGGUGGUGCUGAUUUACUACAGUUGUACAACCGGGAUCAACUUCGACGACGACUUCUUACUGUGGGUAGUCCAGUCACUGGAGCCGGGUCCCCGGUCAGUGCACGAAUGAACCGUGAAGGUGCUCUGCUCAAUACUCCGGGCUCUUCACCGUCCGGGUUGGAACCGGGCAAAACUCCGUCAGUCAGUCACAAUACGGAUAUCGCAUUUGUGGUCGAAGUGUACAAUCGUCGUCCAGUGGAAUAUGUGAUUGUGGGAGUUCGUGUUGGAUUACCAGCUGCAACUGGGGAGUAUGCAACACGAUGGCCGAAAUUUUUCAAGGUCUUCAAUCGCACUAUUCCCGUCACCCCACCGACACCGGCAGCACAAUACCGGUUUGCCGAUAUCCCACUCUAUCGCUCGGAAAUGCUUCUCAGCUCCCAUUUGCUUCAAGUAUUCGUCGGCAACAGUGCGGACCCGGAAGGACUCACCAGCAUCGAUUUGGUUACCGUCUAUGUUGCUCCGAAAUCAGAUGUCGAAUGGCGACGUGGGUAUUCCUCUAAAUUCGGUAGUCACGUUGGUCCGAUGAAUCGUUCUUGGAUUCGAUCACGGUCGUGCACUAGUGGCUCAGUUGAUUGGGUACCAAAAACUGCAUUGCACAUUCAGUGGCCUGUGCACGAACUAUCCGCUCUGGUCGCAUCUGCUUGCGGCCUGCUGACGUCUGCACUACUGUUGGGUGUCGGAUCAUCCAAGACCGGCGAGAGUCUCAGCCUUUCCGGUGUCCGUCUGUUGCUUUCCCAAUUGGAACAGGUCAUUCGACCGGAUACCGGAUUAUCCCAAUGCAUUGCCAAAACGCUCGAUUCACUCAACUUCGAGGUGCUUCAGUCUCAUGCAUCACGUCUGCUCAGUUACUUGUUCCUUGGCACGUCUCGUUCCAGUAAACGUUUACGCGGGUUGAUUUCCGCCCGGGCGAUCACGCUACAACAACACGCUUUUGAUUUACUGCUGGCUACUGCACGUAUUGGUCAGAGUUCCCAGUCUUUCUCAACGGAACAUCUGAAAGCCGUGCUGGAUCGCACCGUAUCUGAAGCGGUAUCCCUUUCGGUAUCACCAGUUACGCAUUACCUCGAUGAGAACCAAGAAACCAGGUUCCCGGCCGAUCUUCUCGUCCGUAUGCAACGUUUGACUAGCCUGAUCUAUCGAAUUGCAUUGUCCGAUCCUCUACGUCUAUCCCCGUUGGUUAAUGAGUAUCAUCUGCGUAAUCUGUUUGAAACCGUUCUCGCCCAAUAUGAGCAUCACUUUCCCGCGAUCCGUAGCGGUCGAGGAAUUUUCACACCGCUAUGGACUCAGGGCAUAGAGAUCGUUUCUCCGUGUCUUUGGGACAAGUAUAACACUCCUGGUGGUCAUGUGAAGGUGAUGCGAAAUUUUGUGAUCUCACUUGUUCACGGUCUGUAUGCACUGUCGAUCACGGUGGAAUCGUCCGGAUCCGGUAGGACACAGCCACUCGGGUCAACCGCCAAACAAUUCCUUUAUGAGCUGCUGACGCAUAGAAAUCUGGCUUUUACACUGUCUAUGAUAAUGCCCUGUUCUAUGUCAGACAGCACAUUUAGUUCACAUGUGUAUUUGGUAUGUAUGUUUGGUAACAUUUAG